AUGGCACCAAUCAACCUUACCGGCGUAUGGAAACUUCUUAAGAGUGAAAACUUAGAUGCCUUCCUUAAAGCAAUGAAUCUUAAUUUCGCAGUCCGGAAGUUAGCUGCCUCCGCCUCUCCUGUUCUUGAGAUAACUCAGGAUGGAGACAACUUCCAUGUCAUUACUAAAGGUUUAAAAACCAACGAGUCCAAGUUCACUGUUGGCGAGGAGUUCACCGAUAAGAACCCACUGAAUGACAAGACGACAAGCACCUACAUGCCCGUAUGGGAGGGCAAUACUUUGAAGGUUGAUAACAAGAGCAAUCCCGAGUCUAUUCACAUCAUCCGAGAACUGAUAGAUGAUCAGAUGGUACAGACGCAAACAAUCGGGACUGGAGACAAGGCUAUCACUAUGAAAAGGAUCUUCGGCAGAAAAUAG